GAUGUGGAGUGAUAUACGUCUUCAGUUCAGAAGAUGACGAAUAUACGAUUAUUUCGAGGUAAAGAAGCAGUUAAGGAGAUAAAGCGUUUAAAGAUAGAUGAUGUUUUUCUCUAUCAGUGGUACAUCGAUCAGGGCGUCUACUGCUACAUUAGGUACCUGAAUUCGAAACCUGCAGCAUUUGCGCUAAUAUCAAGAAUGAACUUCGAUCCUCUAGAUAUUCAUAAAAAUCUUAAGAUGCUGAAUUACGUCUAUACUUUACCGGAGUAUCGAAGAAGAGGAUAUGCCGCCGAACUUGUGACUCACAUCAUUGGCGUUACUGAAUUUUCAGCAUUUUGUUCCAACGAGGAGUCCGAAAAAUUGUUUGAAAAAUGCAAUUGCACAAAUCACGGUAUAGUAAAUAACGCCGUAAUGUUUAGAUACCCUUAAUAAAACACGUUUUGCAUAAAUUGUUUUUAUUCCUAAUAUACCUAUAAAUAGAUUAAUGACCUAUAAAUAGAAUUUGCUUAUACCAACCUAUAUAACUUUCGCAACUCCCUAUACAUUUAUUAUCGAAUUUAUCGUAACGUUGAGUGGUAUCAUUGAAUAAAAACACUAUUUUUAUUCAAUGGUGGUAUCUAGGAGGAGUUCGCUAUAUAUGCGAUACAUUAUUCAGAUUUUUCCCAUUCCAAUUCGAUCAUUCGUUGAGAUCAGUCGUAUUGUAUCUGUUGGUGCGAAUUUAUUAGUCGUAUUUUAUCUGUUAGUGUGUAUUUUCUUAGACGUAUUAUAUCUAUAGACGUGCAAGAUGUUUACCGAUUUAGUAAAACAGAUUGCAAGUAUUUUAAGUGUGCUUAGAACUAAGUAUAGUGGCAAAACCGUGAGGCAAGGGAUAAUUAAGUGUGAUAAGGCUAGACGUAGAAUUCAAGAUUCGAUGCGUAGGUCAUUAUCCAUAGGUGAAAGGCAACAUCUUGAGGCUUGUUUACGUAAUAUUAAAUCGAUGCGUAAACACUUUAAAUUAGAACAAAGGAGAGGCUUGGGUAUAUCUUUGAAUAAAGGAACCUCCACUUCGGCUUUUAGUAAUAGAAAAGAAACCGCAAAAGAUCGCGUGCAUUGGGAUGACUCCAUUUCGGCUUUUAGCAAUAGAAUACGAACUGGAGUUAUCACUAAUCUUAAACAUAAAGACCCCGGCAACUUCUUAAUGGAUUGUAAAACCAUCUUCAAAAGCCGAAUUCAUAACGCGUUGAAGCAAGAUGAGGCUGUGAAAGUAAAUGCGAUUUUUUGCGGGGAAUUUGCGAUUACUCAAGGUGAAAAGAUGCUUAAUGAGUAUAAGUACUUUACAACAUCAAAUGCGGCAAUAUAUAGGGGUACUGAUAUAGAAGAGUGGUUUAAGGAGAAUGUUGAGAAACCGAUAAUGACCAAAUUAUCGGAGUUCCAAGACCGUGACAGCGGUUGGGCCCUUAAGGCUGUUAUCAAUUUAGGGGUUAAUAUUAACAAAUUCACACCUCAACUUGGCUCUUCAUAUAUUCAGCUACCUUCACAAAUUCAAUCAAAAAAGUCAUGCGUUAACGUUAAGAAUGAUGAUGAUGCCUGUUUUGCGUGGGCGGUGGUUCCGGCGUUGUAUCCUGUUGAUAAAAAUCCCCACAGAAUGUCUAAAUACCCUCACUACUCUUCCGUGCUCAAGCUUAAAGGGAUCCAGUUUCCGAUGACUAUGCGACAAAUUCCGAACUUUGAAAAACAAAACAACAUCUCCAUUAACGUGUAUAUUCUGAAGCAGGAGAAAAAAGACCAGUUUAAUACGUUGCCUACCUACCUAACGAAGGAAAAGAGGGAUAAACAUGUGAACCUGCUUUUAGUGCAAGACUGCUACGAACAAUCGACCAAGUUCCAUUAUGUUUGGAUAAAAAAUCUUUCACGGCUAGUAUCGAAGCAGUUAAGCAAAGAAAAAAGGCAAAAGUAUAUUUGCGAUAGAUGUCUACAUUUUUACCGUUCUGAAGAUAAAUUACAUAAGCAUAUUAAGGAUUGCAUACAAAAGAAUGAUACAGCCAUCAAGAUGCCUACAGAGGAAAAAAAGAUGUUGAAGUUUAAAAAUUUUAAAAAUAAAAUAAAAGCCCCCUUUGUCGUAUAUGCAGAUCUCGAGAGCGUUCUGAAACCUAGCACAAAAAAGACUGCAUACCAACAACAUAUUCCAGCAGCUGUGGGAUACUACUUCAAGUGCUCAUACGAUUAAUC